AUGACUGAUGAUAUACUAUAUGAACGAAGGAAGGCCUCUGGGAAUCCAACACCCAUUCUUACUGAUGAAGAGGUCCAGAAUCAUGCACUUGGAGAUGUUCAUCAAUUGCUAAAGGGUGUGGGGAAGAGUUUGUCUGAUUUCCCAAUGCUCCCGCAACCUCCUCCUAUUUACUUGAACACCGGAACUAAUAAUCUUAUUCUAGAUGAUACAAACUAUAAUGUUGAAGACAUGCGUUCUGAAUAUGAAGCUUUGAUCAACAAUUGCAACGAAGAACAGCUAAAAGUUUACCAAGAGAUUGUGUUGCCGGUAGCGUCAUCUGGAAUUGCUGCAACUCUUCUCCCAGGUGGCCGUACAGCUCACUCUCGCUUUAAGAUUCCAAUCCUUCUUGAUGAUUUCUCUCUAUGCAACAUUUCACACGAUUCUGAUAUCGCUGCUCUGAUAAAAGAAACCAGUUUAAUUAUAUGGGAUGAAGCACCAAUGACGCAUCGAUAUGCUUUUGAAUGUCUUGACAGAACAUUGCGUGACUUAAUGAAAGCGGUAGAUCCUCAACGAUUUCAUCAACCAUUUGGAGGGAUCACAAUUGUGUUUGGUGGUGAUUUCCGACAAAUUCUUCCUGUUAUUCCAUUUGCCUCUCGUGUUGAUGUUGUUAAUGCAAGCAUAACUCGAUCACGUAUUUGGAAGUUUUGCAUCGUGUUUGUUGUUGAGUCUGCAGGGGUUGAGGUUCUUGAGGUUGCUGCUGCUGCUGCUGUUGCUGAGGUUGUGGUGGAUGAGCCACUUGAAGUUGAUACGGUUGAAGAGGAGCAUUGA